AUGGCUGAUGAGAACUGCACCAAGGCGACCCAGUUCACCUUCUUGGGACUCACAGAGCACCCACAACUGAUGCCUUUCCUCUUCAUGCUCUUCCUAGGCACCUAUGUGCUGACGUUAGUGGGAAACCUCAGCCUGAUUGUCCUGAUCAGGGUCAGCCCCCAGCUUCACACUCCCAUGUACUUUUUCCUUAGUAACUUAUCCUUCUUAGAUAUUUGCUACUCCUCUACCAUAAGCUUCAAAAUGCUGCUGGACCUUCCAGCAAAACACAAAGUAAUUUCUUUUGCUGGCUGCCUCACGCAGUUCUAUUUCUAUGCUUGUUUUGCUGCAACCGAGAUUUACCUGCUGGCUGUCAUGGCCUAUGACCGCCUUGUGGCCAUCUCCAAGCCCCUGCUCUACACAGCUGUCAUAUCUCCUGGUGUCUGCAAAAGCCUGGUCAUUGGGUCCUACAUUGCAGGGCUGCUUAAUGCCACUGUGCAAACAAGUGCUCUGCUCAGGCUGUCCUUCUGCAGUCCCCUGGUCAUCAACAACUUCUACUGCGAUGCACCACCGCUCUUUGUGGUCUCCUCCACUGACACACGGCUCAAUGAGCUGUUAAUGUUUGUGUUUGUGGGCUUCAUCCUGAUGACCACCAGCUUACUCAUCCUCACCUCUUAUGCCUUCAUCGUGGUGGCUGUGAUCAGGAUGGGCUCUGUUAGAGGCAGGCACAAAGCCUGCUCCACCUGUGCUUCCCACCUGGCAGUCACCUUCAUUUUCUAUGUGCCUACUACUUUUAAUUACCUGCAGCCCAGCUCACUAAACUCACAGCAGAGCAAGAAAAUUGCAUCCAUCUUUCACACCAUUAUAGUCCCCAUGCUGAACCCCAUGAUUUACAGCCUGAGAAACAAGGAGGUGAGGCAUGCCCUGCACAGUUUGGUCAGGAGGAAAAUGUGCUCCUGA